AUGGAAGUGACCCUACCAAGCUGGCUACCCCUACCAAUAUACGCUUGGUUUGUCCAGGAGGUCGCCUUUCAUGCCGCCGGACUGGUCUUCGAAUGGUGUGACCGCACCAACAGCAUGCCCCAUCUGAAGGUCCGCGAUGCCGACCGCAAGCCGUACAUGCAGAUGCUGCCACGAGUGUUGUCCAAUCAGUGUUUCAUUCUGCUUCCAAGCAUGAUCCUCGUACAGGCAAUUGGAUUCUGUUUCGUGGGACCAACGCACCUGCAUCCCCUACGCUUUCUCCUGUCGCUCCCGGCCAUGGCCAUCGGUCAUGACGUGGUGCAAUAUCUCACUCAUCGGUAUCUGCUCCAUAAUCCGAACCUGCAGCUUAUGCGCCUGCUGCAGCACUCGCUGCAUCACUCAACAGGAGCCAGUCGGGGAAUCAGCGCAUGCUACAUGUCUGCCCCGGACUUCUUUCUCGAGAUUGUUCUGCCGUAUCUCGUCCCUCUGGCGCUGGUGGGAGGCGGCGGCGCAGAUGUCCUCUUUCAUUCGCUUGUUGCGGUUUCAGGAGCUAUAGGUGGUGUCUACGAGCACUCGGGGUAUGAUUUUACCGCAGUGUUCUCGUCAAAGAACUUCAUGGGAGGGAAAGGACGGUCAUGGAGCUGGACUCCAAAUAUUGCAGCCUUGAUCCGAGAUUUUGUCGAUAAUCGUGCUCACGGCGAACAUCAUUCUCGUGCAAAUGUUUCAUUUUCCGAUGGAUUUGGCAGUCCAGGCAUCUGUGACAGCUUUUUCGGCACGCGGUGGGAUCUGGUGGCGGCGCAUCGGGCAGCAGCAGAGAAAGAGUGGCAGGCUCAGCGGAGGAGCCACAUGAACACGAAAUGA